CACCCGGCGACCGGUGCCUCUUGGCUCCUGUCAAGCGGCGAGUUGUUGGUGCAUGCACCAAGGCGGCACUAACCGACGGGCGGCGGAGUGGUGGCCCCGUGGGGUCGACAGUGGCUUCGCCGAAAUGGAGCAACCACAUGUCCGGCUGUGGGCAAAAUAUGAAACCUUUGUUGUCGGCGUCUUGCAGAUCCCACCUCCAUCAAAAUUCAGCAUGCACUAUCUUCGAAAGAUGGCAACAUACGUUCGAACAAAGGGAGGAGAUGGCAGUUAUCCCAGGCUUUCCUGGCCCAUGUGGAGGCAUAUUGCCUGUGGAAAGUUGCAGCUAGCUGAAAAUUUGGCAUGGCUGUACUUUGAAACAUUUGACAUUCUUCUUGAGAAAACGGCAGAGGAGAGGUUACAGUGGGCUGAAGAGGUAUCCCGCUGCAGAUCGGAAGAAGAAAUUGACAAACUUAAAAACAAGUUAUCAGUGGAUACACUGCAGUUCCUGCUGUUUCUUUAUGUUCAACAGCUGAACAAAGUUUCUCUACGGACAUCCUUGAUUGGAGAGGAAUGGCCAAGUCCCAGGUCACGAUCACCUGAUCUGGAUGUAAAAUCUAAUUCUCAGAGCAAGAACAUGGAUGACCAUAACCAUCUAACAUUUGCUCUGAGCCACUUGUCAGAGUUGUUGGAACUUCUGCUAGACCCUGAACAGCUUACCAUUUCAGCCCACACAACCCAUGACAGCAUGAUAUCUGCGGAAGCAGUUAGAGCCUUGAACUUUCUCUUUGAAGGAAGUAUUGGUCGGAAUGAAGCAAUAUACCCUGUGCAUGAACUGGCUCGUUGGCAACCAAUCCUGGGUACAACUGGCUAUUCCAAGCUUUCCAAGAUGUUCCAUUUUCAUAAGCUGGAAGCCUGGCUGAGAAGUGUGCUUGGACCUAAUCCAUUUGGCACUGCCCUCUGUUUCCAAAAAGGAAAGAAAUUAGCAUGGGCACAGCAAGUUGAAGGUACAACAAAGCGGGCGAAGAUUUCAUGCAAUACUUACACAGCACCUAAAGGCCACAAGGUGGUGAUAAUGACACAAGUGUACAAACAGACCCUGGCGAAGAGUUCAGAUCAGCUGGUUGGAGCUCAUGUUAAAAUUCAUCGCUGCAAUGACUGCUUCAUAUAUCUGCUAUCUCCUUUAAGGUCUGUCAGUAUUGAGAAAUGCAGAAACACCACCUUUGUUCUUGGCCCUGUCCAAACAACCAUCCACAUCCAUGGCUGUAAUGAUGUGAAAGUAAUAGCUAUCUGCCGCAGACUUUCAAUCUCAUCAUCAUCUUCGUGUACUUUCUACUGUCUCACAACUACCCGCCCUCUUAUAAUGUCUGGGAACUCGAGCUUAACAUUUGCCCCAUACCAUACCUAUUAUCCAUUGUUGGAGGAUCACAUGGCAAGAACAGGGAUAGCCACAAUUCCCAAUUAUUGGAAUAAGCCAAUAUGUAUUGGUGUGGACAACAAUGAAGUACCUGUCUAUCAGCUGUUACAUCCCAAGGCCUUCUAUGUAUUUGUGAUUCCAUUUGAAAUGGAGGGAGACACCAUGGAGAUUCCUGGAGGAUUGCCGCCGCCAUAUGAAAAGGCCAUAAAACACAGAGAGCAGAAAAUUCAGAACUGGCAGAAGACUGUUAAGGAAGCAGGACUUAGCAACUUUCCAGAAAAACGUCAUAAUUGUUCAUACUUUAUUCAUCGAUAUGAUAUUGUAUUUUUGUUCAAUACUGAGAACAUCGGAAGUUGUUUCAGAACCUGGUGGAGAAGAAAUUCUGUGAAUGGUUGGAUCAAACUGGGCAUCGCCAGCAGCUGGACAGUCUUAUUCCAGUACCUUCCCCAAAACAGACUACGUCUUAAUUACUACUGGGCUCUGUGCUGAGGAAAUAAGCCCAUGGCCAUUACUGAAUUAAUAGGCUCAUUUCCUCAGCACACUUAGUUGUAGUGGGCUCCAAUGUUGGUCCUCAAUAAUUGUUUGUUUUAACUUAAGUGCACAAUUCAGAAAUAUGUGCUAAUAACUGUAUUUCAAAUAGAAUUAAAAUACAAUUUUAAAACAUUUCUAAUUAUAUUUAAAAGUUUAUUGUUUUGAGCAUUAGUAUGCUUGCAUGAGUUCAUAGAGGUUUUUUUUAUUCAUGAUGUACUUUGUGCUUGGGUCUAAUUGAAAUUCACUUUACAUUUGAGGAACUUUGAAAACAUAUCCUCUGGCUAUGGACACGGAUUUGAAUAUCAGGGAAAAAUAUUUAACAUGACAACUUCAGUACCUUUAUGUCUUUUUGAAAUGUACAUAUCAACAUUUCCCCUUCCCCUUGCUAAUUUUUUGGAAUUAAAGUCUGGAUAGGAUUCCUGACACCAUGUGCUCUAAGGGAAAUUUUGAAAGCCUUUACUGUAUUUCCUUAAGUUUAGGAUAUCAUGAUCAAUUCAGCAAUCAAUUUGCCUUGAGUUUAUUUUUUUAUAAUUUAAAAAAAAUUAAUUGUCUCAUAUAAUGUGUUUCUGCUGAAACUGUUUUUUUGGUCUGAGUGACUUGAAUACACCCUUGGUCCCACAGCAAACUAUUCUGUGAACAGAACCAUUAGACUUGUCACAUAUCCUUGCCUAUGGUUCUUCACUUUUCUGCUGAUUCACAUAUAUUUUAAAUUUUUAAAGCAGUUGAGAUAAUUUUAGCUUCAGUUUCUUUCUCUCAUUAAUUUACCUCUGUGCAAUUCUCAGGCUCGUCAACAGUUAUUUUUUCCAUGUGCCUAUGGCACACGAGCUUUGGCAACACACUGGCAAACCAGUUGAUUCUGUAUGUUCAGGCUCGGUGUAUUCUUUACUUGACUUCUACAUGUGUAUAUGUGCAUAUUGCAGUACAGUUGAUGGCUGGCAUUCAGAUGUGGAAAUUGUAUCAUUUCUGUUGCUGGGAUUUAAAUUUGGUCCUUUCAAGUUCCAUUGAUGCAGCAAACCACAUUCUGAACUUUCUCUUCCAAAUAUUUUUUUUUAUUCAGUUUGAAAGUCCAAGUUCCUCAACAUUUACUUCAAGAACUAUUUCCUGCACAUGCCUUUAAACUGUUAUUGGUAAUGUUUGAUGACUAUCAUUUUUGUGAAUAUUUGCUUUGUACUAUAAAUAUUGAAUAACAUUCUGUAAUGCAAACAAAACACUGUUUCAGUAUUAAUUGAAGUUAAAGAUGAAUGCUCAAAUUAUUUCAACAAAAUACAAAAUGUUA